ACCCCAUCCCCAUGUGUCGAUUAGGAAUUGUCAAAAAUACUCUCGUCAUUCCCAACACAGUCUACCGUCUCCCACAGUCGACAAAGACAACAAGCCAAUUGUAGAAAACUAGAAAUACCGUGCGCCAUCAAAUCCCUCGUAAAUACCCGACGAAGAACGCGACGGCGCGGCUGUAAUUUGACCUUCUUUCCCGCCUUUCGUACUUCACUUCUUACUAAUCUGUUCACAGAAGUAAGUUCAGAGUAUGUAGCUCUCCUCUAGAUUGUAUACACCCAUUGAUGUACGUGUAUGUAUACACCCAUUGAUGUACGUGUAUGUAUAUAUAUACAUAUAUAUACAGAGUCGUUGAAAGAAAACCCUCCCUCCGAAGCAAAGCCGCCGCACUAUCCUAUCCGCAUUUGAAAAGAUGGCCGAAAGUGAAUGCACGAUGUGAUGAACUUCUUCGAUAAUCCUACGAUUCUCAACUCAGCAAUCAAACCCUAGAAAAUCGGUUAUGCAUGCUAGUUCAGCUAGCACUGGAAGCUAAUCUUCUUGGAGUUUGAUUUUGAAGCCCCUCUUGAAUCGAUCAUCAAUGGUACUGUUGUCGACUUCUUCUUCUUCUUGUUUUUUUUUUUUUUUUUUGAAAUUUGUUCAUCUUUAAGACUUUUUCGAUGCAAGAGUUUAUUGAAAGUGUUGUAAAUGAUGCAUCCCCGAUCCGUUCAAAGGCAAUGGGUUUAACACCUAUUUUUGUGCGUCAUGGAUUCAUAUUUGCAUUUUUCCCAUUUUCAUUUUGAUCUCUUUCUGUUUUUUCUAUAGCAAACAACAAUAACAUGAAGUAAAAAGUGCCAGUGCUCACUAUCAACCUCCUUCUUGUGGCUAAGGAACGCAAGCGCAAUGAAGAGUUACAAGAGGCUUGGCAAUCUUUAGUUAAAGUGAGAUUCUCUCAAAUAAAGAAGCAUUUUCCCACUUCCAGGGUUCAUGAGGCUUUGCAUGGUAGAUCAUCCCAAAAUGCAUUUCCCCAUAUAUUCAAUUUCCCGGAACAGGUAGUCCAGUUGUGCAGUGCCAAAGUAAAGAGUAGCGAUUUCGCUGAUCUGACCUUCUUGAGACGGAGCUGUUCCUGAAUAGCUUCUUUCAAAAGGGCUUCUGCCUCCUCGGGCUCGAGCUUGAGGUUUCAAUUUCUUCAAGCUAGCAACAGCGUUAUUAAUUGCUAAAAAUGAGUUCCUAUGGCAUGUUGGAGCCCACCAUUAGGGAUAUUCUUCGUGUGAUCUCACCCUUGGGAGAGGACUGGUCGCCACGAUUUCAAAUCAUUGACGAGCUACGAGCUGUUGUCCAAUCUGUGGAAAGUCUUAGAGGUGCAACUGUAGAGCCAUAUGGAUCAUUUGUCUCUAAUCUCUUCACUCGUUGGGGAGAUCUGGAUAUAUCAAUAGAGUUGGCCAAUGGUUCAUAUAUUCCAUCUGCCGGAAAAAAGCACAAGCAGACUUUACUUAAAGAUUUACUAAAAGCUUUAAGGAAGAGAGGUGGAUGGCAUAAUUUGCAAUUUGUCGCCAAUGCAAGAGUUCCCAUUCUAAAGUUUCAGAGCAACUACCUCAACAUCUCUUGUGAUCUCUCAAUCAACAAUCUGAGCGGCCAAAUGAAGUCCAAAUUAUUGUUUUGGAUCAAUGAGAUUGAUGGACGUUUCCGCAAUAUGGUUUUACUGGUCAAGGAAUGGGCCAAGGCACAUGGUAUCAAUGACUCAAAGUCAGGAACUUUGAAUUCAUACUGUCUGAGCUUGCUUAUUAUCUUCCAUUUUCAGACAUGUGUACCUGCACUCUUACCUCCGAUGAAAGAAAUCUAUCCAGGAAAUAUGGUUGAUGACCUUACAGGUGUGAGGGCUGUUGCAGAGAGACAUGUUGAAGAAGUGUGCGCUGAGAAUAUAACAAAGUUUAGAUCAGAUAAGUCGAGAAAGAGAAAUCAAAGUUCGUUGUCUGAGCUUUUCAUUUCUUUCCUUGCCAAAUUUUCAGACAUUAGUUUGAGGGCAUUAGAACAAGGAAUCUGCCUAUAUACUGGACAAUGGGAACCUAUCGAUAGCAAUAUGAGAUGGCUGCCCCAAACUUAUGCACUAUAUGUGGAGGAUCCUUUUGAGCAACCAGCUAAUAGUGCCAGGACCGUUGGCAGUAGACAACUAGUGAGGAUAUCAGAGGUGUUUCGAACAACCCACCACGUGCUAAUCUCAGGAAAUCAGAAUCAGCAUUCUCUCAUAGCGACGCUAGCCAGACCUCAAGUAUCCCAGCUUUUUGCAAGGAUGCCUGCCAACCCUAGUGGCUACAACAGUGGCUACAUUGCCACUCCUCGUCCUCAGAUGCACUCACCCAUGCAAGCUCAAUAUCAGAAUCAACACAGAAGGGUUAAUAGGCGUCCUAACGACAUCCUGGUCAACAGAUCAGUCAAUUCAUCUCAGGGUCGAGGCCAGCAAUUCUGGAGGCCAAGAUCUGAUAAAUAAAGUAGAAUCAUACGAGAAAUAUCAUGUGAGGAUUCAGUUCAAAAGUCUGAAUGAGUUUAUUUUUUUCCUUCUAUAUCUCUAUCUGCCAUUUGGAAGGCCAUAGCAUUGAGAAGGGAUUUAGAGGAUUUUGGUCAAUUGCAGAUUUAAGGGAAAGUAAAGGAUUGCGUAGUAGUGAUUACUUUUUUGGGAAUAUUUUUAUGAACAUGGCAAAAAAGCAAAGAAAAAAACUCUACUUCUCCCUUGUUGA